AUGCGUGGCCCCAGCUGGCUGGGUGCUGUGCUCUUCCUUGGGGUACAGCUCCGAGCACUGUGGCCGGUGGCAGCCAUGGAAGUUCAUACUUCCAAGGAGGUGGAUGCUGUGAAUGGCACUAACCUGAGGUUAAAAUGCACCUUCUCCAGCAGCAGCCCUAUUAGCCAGAAGCUGUCAGUGACCUGGAACUUCCAGCCAGAGGACCUGAGCUCUCAUGAGCCAGUAUUUUAUUAUCUGAGUGAGCCCUACACUCUGUCUACAGGACGGUUUAAAGAGCGAGUCACCUGGGAUGGGAAUAUUGAGCGUAAUGAUGUUUCCAUCAUCAUCUGGAAUUUGCAGCCCACCGACAACGGGACGUUCACCUGCCAGGUGAAGAACCCACCAGACGUUGAUGGCACAAUUGGUGAAGUGCGACUCAGAGUUGUGCAGAAAGUGCAUUUCUCAGAAAUCCACUUCCUGGCUGUGGCCAUUGGGUCUGCCUGUGUGGUGAUGAUCAUUGUGGUGAUGGUUGUGAUUAUCUGUCAACACCGUCGGAAGAAAGCGCAAGAGAAGAGGAUCGAGGUGGCAGACACAGAACUGAGAGAGAAGGAGAAUCUGAAGAUUAGAGAAGAAAAGGAAGCCACUCCUUUGGAAGACUAG